UGUUUGAAUUGCACUACCUCUGUAUUUUGUUAUUAUUUUUAAAUACUGCUACAUUUGUAUGUCAAUAAAUAUGUAUUUAAAAAUCAAGUGCGUUAUUAGUUCACUGUUUACUUGAUGUAACUAGCUUUAGUCAAUACAGCCUUGAUAUCCAAAAUAUAACACAUACUAUAGAGUUUACAUACGUUCUGGUAUAACCAAUAUAACAUACUUGCGUUCUAAAUUAGAUUUAAAAUUAACACAUUAUAUAGUGUUCCGAAAAUAUUGCCAUUUGAUGCUGACAUCAACAUAUAUGUGUUGUUAAAAUUAAUAAAUACUUUAGGAAAUUAUUUCAAAAAAUAAAACAAUUUGCUACUAAUCACAAUUCUAAAUAUAUUGAUGCCAAAAUGUACAAAACUGUAGAAACUAAGUUCAUGUACUCGUAUAUAGAAAAUAUAGAUUGGUACAUGCUCUGAAGUGGAACGCAGUAGACACUCAUCCAAAGUAUUUUGUUAAUGUUUAGUUUAUUCUACAAUAACUUAUUAUGAGUCGAAUACAUAGUAAACGCCCUUUUCUUUCGUAACUUUUGUGUUCUAGUCUUAACUCAUAUUUUCAAAAUUUAAUGUAAAAUAUAUAACAUAACUACAGCAAUUUGGUAAAAAGUAGAAUGGGACCGCUAUAUAAUAAUAAUUCAUGUGUCUACAAUUUGUAUGAUUUUUUUACAAAAAGAAAGACUCAAAAUUACUUUUCCAAAUCUUCCGAUAUAUCUCGAUAAUUCUGCCUAUUUUUGUCUUAAAAUAUGAGACAGCUUUUUUGCCAUUACAUUAUGGCACUUUUUGUUUCGAAAAACCAAUUUCACCAGUGGAAAAUUAUAUUACCCAAACAGAUACACGCGAAAGUUUCACGUUUUAUAUAAGGAGAUAUGUAGCUUAUAACUGUUUUCCCAAAAUUCUACCAUUUUUGUAAAACUGUAACGUGCGGCAAUUAUUAAUUUCUUACUAACUACGCUUCUACCACCUAAAAUGUUCAAAUCUAUUCUGUUUACAAUGUAUGUUCAUUGUAAAAAUUAAAGCGGGGACUUCAAAUUUGUGUUUUCCCCUUGCGUUUAUAUAUUUAUUCAAACAAAUCAAGUUAAAUAUCGUAGUUAUUAGUGCCAAUUAAUAACUGCCAACAAAAUUGUGGCAGAUAAAGUCAACGAUUAACUCAGAUGUAUAAAACAAGUCUGCUUAGGAUAUAUAACUGUACAAUGAACAUUGAAAAAGUAAUGUUACAAUAUUCACGUGCACCUUCCCCUUAGUCUGGCAAGAUCAACAUUAAUGUUUGAAACAAUAACAAAAUGCUCCAUGUGCUAGAUGAACGCACGCACCAUUGUCUACUGUUUCUCUGCCCAGGCGGUGGCCCAGGUAUGCAGGUGAUAGAGAACGAUGACGGAGGACCCCCGACGUACAAGUGUGUACAGUGCAGCAGAACCUACAAGUACAAGGACAACCUACUGAGCCACCAGCGGUACGAGUGUGGGCAACAACCCCAGUUCCCCUGCAGCCAGUGCCCCUACAAGGCCAAGAGGAAGGCACAUCUGAAGGCACACCUGAGGUGUAAACAUUCAAUGUUGGAAGUUUGUGGAUACCUCAAAAUGAGAAGGGACAGCGUGGAUCAGAGGUUCGGCUGUGACCGGUGUGGCCGCUCCUACAAGCACAAGACUCACCUGCUGACUCACCAGCGGUACGAGUGCGGUGAGGCUCCUCAGUUUCCUUGCCCUCGCUGUCCUUACAGAGCCAAGCGAAAGUCCCAUCUGAAGGCGCACCUCGCCUGCAAGCACUUGGACACCGAUGCGACCGUUGAAGCGAGGAUUGUGCUGCCGUCCAUCAGGAGCGUGGGCUGCUGCAGCUCUGUGCUGAGUGUUAUACACAGAUAUGCAUUUAGUAACACAGGAGACCCCGACAAGAGGUUUGUGUGCGGUGACUGCGGCAGGAACUACAAGCGCAAAGAUCACCUGGUGCGGCACCAGCGCUACGAGUGCGGCAAGGAGCCUCAGUUCCCCUGCAAGUACUGCGAGUAUAGAGCCAAGCGCGCUUCACACUUGCAGCGGCACAUGGUUAACAGACACGUGGGCUGUGACGACUGCGGUCGAGUGUACAAGUACAAGGGGACCCUCACGUUCCACAAGCGGUACGAGUGCGGUAAAGAUCCGCAGUUCCAGUGUUUCGUCUGUCCAUUCCGCAGCAAACGCAGGAGUAAUCUCCACGCCCACAUCGCGUGUCGGCAUGCAAAGAUGUACAUGAGUUCUAGGCACUGUGGAGGUGAUUACGCUUGUGACGGCUGUGACCGAACGUACAAGAGACUCGACUCGCUCACCCGCCACAAGCGCAACGAGUGCGGCAAAGAGCCUCGAUACCACUGUCUCGCCUGUUCCUACAAGACGAAGCACAACUUCAACCUGAGGGCGCACAUGGCGCUCAAGCACAAAGAGCAAUUCUCUUGUGACAAGUGCGGUCGGUCUUAUAACCGCAAGGACAACCUCUACCGUCACAGGCGCUUCGAGUGUGGCGUGGAACCCUGCUUCCCCUGCGUCCUUUGUCCCUACAAGGGUCGCUACAAGGGUCAUCUGCAGCGUCACAUGGUCAGCCGCCAUCUUGCCGAGCUUCCCGCCAACAUCGGCUGUGACGUCAUCCAUGAAGGCGAGGAGCAGACAGCCUACAAGUGCGACGCUUGUAACCGCCAUUACAAGUACAAGCACAACCUGGUGAUGCACAAGCGCCGGGAGUGCGGAAUUGAAACCCACGUUUAUGUCUUAUCAGGUGUCUGUUACGGUGGAAUGAAACCGUUCACCUGCGACGCUUGCGGUAGAAGCUACAAGUACAAGCGCAACCUCGGCCAGCACAAGCGCCUCGAGUGCGGCAAGGAUCCUCAGCUCAGCUGUCAACUGUGCGCUUACAAGACCAAGCACAAAAGCAAUCUCAAGGCGCACUUUGCCACCAAACACUCUGCGAACUUGGAUGAAUGGGCCAUUCUCAACUAGUUAACUGCGUUUUAAUAUUGUGUUUUGUGUCUUGUUUACUUUCAAAUGUUGUUUUCCUUCAAAAUAAAAUCCGUCAAGUGCUGAAAAUCCGCGGAAUCUCUAAUUGAGGAAUAUUUUGUGUGGAAUGCUUGUUCGUUUCUAUGGUUUUAGAUAUAAUUAAAGAUGAUCUUGUUUGGACAAAGCUUUUAACUAGAGAUAAAGCCGUGAAAGCAGUUUUCCAACUUUCCAAAUAAAGCACUGUUCAUUCAA